UUUUGAAUGUACAGCAAGAAGUUGAAGCUUAUUUGAUCCUGCGUGGAUUCUAAUGAAACGUCUGUCGUUAUAACUACAGAUCAACGGAUUGUAGAAUAAUGAAUUUUACCGGUGAAAGAAAGGACACUCAAGCAGUUCUACAACUUCGAUGUUCGGCCGGCUGGACGAGUGGAAUACAUGAACAGUGGAUAUAUCUAUCGGCCGUAAACAUUUUUCUAUCGAUUACUGCAGUUCUAGGCAAUACUCUGAUCCUCGUUGCCCUUCGCAAGGUGUCUUCCCUUCAUCCACCGUCCAAACUCUUGAUUAGAUGUCUGGCCACAACUGAUCUCUGCGUCGGUCUUAUUACAGAGCCUCUCAGUGUUGUAUAUUGGUUGUCCCUGACUCACGAACAAUGGAAACUUUGUCGCUACGCAUAUGCGUCUUUUUUUAUUAUAGGCUAUACUUUGUGUUCAGUAUCUUUGCUUACAGCGUGUGCAAUAAGUGUGGACAGACUUCUCGCCCUGUUGUUAGGGCUGAGAUACAGACAAGUUGUAACUUUAAGGCGAACAUAUGUUAUUGUAGUAAUUUUUGGGGUUAUGUCCGCUAUUUUCUCGAUAUUCUUCCUUUUAAAUCCCCUUAUACCCAGUUGGUACGGCUAUGUAAUUAUUCCUUUAUGUCUAGUAACCUCAAUCGCCUCGUACACAAAGAUUUUCUUAAAACUCCGUCAUCGUCAAAUUCAAGUACAGGGCCAUGACCAACAAGAACAACCAAGCCAAAUAAAUCCACUGAACAUAGAGCGAUACAGAAAGGGAGUGUCCAGUGCACUGUGGGUGCAGUGUACAUUAGUUGCUUGUUAUUUACCAUAUGGUAUAGCGACAGCUUUAGUAUAUGAUAGUAAAUCAUCUCCAUCCAGUAUUUUCGUUUUGUACGUUGCAACAACUUUAGUUUACUUGAACUCAUCGUUAAACCCGAUUCUUUACUGCUGGAAGAUCAGCGAAGUGAAGCAAGCAGUAAAGGAGACAAUCAGAGAAGCAUUUGCUGUUAAUCGAGUUAGUUCAGUUAUUGCUGAGUUAUACAUGUAUUUUUCCUUUUAACGCUUCAAAUAUUGCUGUAUUAAAAGUAGUUUCUACACGCUGAUUUGAAUAAAUGUAGUUUUAUAACUUGCUUCGUACUGGCGGAAGUUUAUUAUAUUGCAGGCUAGAAAUUUAAAGUACUAACUGAAAUUGUAGGGUUAUAUUUUUGUAACUUGUAAUACUAUACGGUUUAUGUAGAGAAGCAUAACGUUGUAUCAACUUGUAAAAGCCCCUUUACGAAAAAGGACAGGUGGAAAAACUGUAUUUCUUAAACACGGCAAUUGUAACCGUCAUAGAGUAGGAAUUAUUCAG